AUGGGUGCCAAGCAGUCGCUGCAAGAGUUUCAAGCCAUUCCGCUCGUGCCGACCAAGCUCGGCGGGACCGCCACGUUUGUCAACGCCCCGCAAGGCCUUGUCAACGCCGUGACGGGCGGUACAGAGCUCGGCCUGCGUGUGUCGAGCGGUCUCUUGUCGUCGUCCGCGCAGCUGGUGAGCGACAAUGGCCGUGAGGUUUUGGCCACUAUCAAGAAAGCACUCGUGGCCCUCCGCGCCACGUACCACGUCUACGCUGGCGAGUCCAAGACGGAGCUGCUCAAGCUUGUCGUGCGCAAGAGUUACUUUGGGUCGACGUACACGUGCGACGUCUCUGGCAGCGGCGGUCGCUACACGCUCGUGUGCAAAGGCUCGUGGUCCGAACGCAUGCUCAUCACGUGCAACGAGAACGUUGUUGCCAAGAUCCGCCCGCCGCCGACCGGCACCUGCACGUACCUCGACGUCGCGCCCGGUGUCGACGCCGCGGUGCUGCUGCUCGUUCAGCAUAUCGCUGUCGAGUGCGAUCGAUCCUCGAGUUCGUGUCUUGAGACCGCUCUUAUCGCCCAAGUCUAAGGCAAACAAAGUGUAUUCCAUUCGUC